CGCAUGACCCUCAGUCGACCUCGAGCCAAAUGGUUAGUCGCGCACCUGCUGACUAGAAUAGAAACGAACAGUCUCAGCUAUCUGUGAAGACACCAACACAACAAUCGCAGUCAUGCAGCUCCUCGCUCUUCCAGCUGUGUUCGUAUGUGCUUCAGCCUUCAUAUUUACAUCCACCACAGUAAACGAGAUCUACCAAGGGUAUCACUUCGAAGAGCACUCAUCACAUCGACUGUUGCUUGUCAGAGAUCAACUGAACUGCUACCUUGUCCGUAUGGAUGACGUCAUGGAACAGGCUCUUCUAGUCCCCAUGACCAGGCGUGCCGUCGAGGAUGAAGUCAUCGCCAAGAUUAACUCGAACACUGAAGUGACAGACGUCGGCAAGGACGACAUCAAGCACGACUUCCACGACUACCUGGCCGCUGCCCAGUGUGCCAACCUCGGCGUCCAUGUCGUAGCGUACACCUACGUGGCCACCGUCACCACGCCGCCAAUGAUGUCGUCUACAUAUAAUGCUAUUUCCGACGCCGUGCCUAUUGUCGAUGAUGUAUAAAUACAUCUUUGUCUGGGAUAGACUUGUAUACUCGGGAAAUAAAGGUAUUGUGACUGAC